AUGCCCUCGAGCAACUUCUCAAAAAACGCAGAUUUCGGCAGUAUAUUUGACAUCGAUUUCGUUGACCCGACAUGUAUCAUAUGGGCUGUAUUAGCACUAGCCCGUCUCAAUGAGAAGCUGCCUUCGGACUUCGACAGUCUAUAUGCCGUUCGGCUUCGCAACGCACUUGACGAUGCUAUCGGAGCUUUCUGUGAUGAUCGCAUGGAAGCGACUUGGUCUACGUUAUACUGUGAUCGAGCAUGGCAAAUUGUAAGUACCCUCAAGAGGACUGCGGCUGAUUACUACGGAAAUACCGAGGGUGUUCAAAACCCUGACAUGGAGCUCGAAUACCUGCUUGAGAUUCUCAAUGCGUUCUACAUUCAUGUACACCGUCAAGAAGAUAGGGAUUACACCGAAGCCUAUGGUGCUCUGGGAAUGCUGAAUGCCGUGGCGAUCGAGAUGACGAGCGUCCUUGGCCCAAAAAUCACAGACGCCUUCGAUAUGUUUAACAAUAUCUCUGCCGAAAGCGUACCACAAGAUAUUAUUGACGACUGCAUGAAGGAGCAGAUCGAUAUUCUAUGCGCAGCCAUCGAGCAGUUUGUGCGCGAGCAGCUUGGAACGAGCGGCGUCUACAAUUCAGCAUCGGAAGCGCGAGAUAUUGUGGGCCAAUCCUUUGUUCAUAUAAUCCAUGACCCUUUGCGACAACAUGUCGAAAGUGCCUUUAAGAUGUUGAUCAAUGACUUGGCCUUCUGCAACAGUUAUGCUGUCGACAAGAAUCAAGCUGAUAAUAAAGCGAGAGUAGCCGUGUUCUAUCGACAAGUCGGUAGGUUCUUCUCAUACUCUUCGCCGCUACUGAACGCGUUCUUCAUUCCAGACGUCUCAGACGACGAGGAUGAAGUCGACGAGUACGAAGACUACCAAGAGCACGUACCUGAACACGUGGCGAACCACGACUUUGACCAGUACGACGACUUCGAUUGGCAUACCCGUGAAAAACCUACAUAUUGCGCCAUGGCAAGUCAUCCCUCUACUGGCGCGGAAAGCGUUUCCCACACGACGGAGAUUGCGACCGCGCUUCGAAAUAUCAACCUCACCUCGUCCCAAAAUUCCCAUACUUUAUCACCUGCUAAGUCGAAAGUGACAUCUGCACUCAAGACAAAGCAAGAAAUGCGCAAAUUCCGCGGAACGACUACGCCCGACCCAGCACUAGGAAUUGAUAUGGACGAAUACACAUCUUUUACCCAGUACCUGCAGUCAUCGAAGCGCAUCUUGGCUCUCAUAGGUGCUGGCUUGUCAGUUUCCUCGGGACUUUCAACAUUUCGCGGCGAAGACAGAAGAUGGAGAGGCAUCGAGCCACAAGAACUGUCGAACAUCGAGGCCCUGUCCGAUGACCCAGUGAGGGUAUGGUGGUUCUUCAGCGACCGUAUGAAGCGUGCGCAAGAGGCGAAGCCAAACCGGGGACACAUUGCACUUUCGAAACUCGCAAAAGAGAAAGACGGGUUCUUUGCAAUCAAUCAAAAUAUCGAUGGCUUAUGUCAAAGAGCGGGCUUUCCGGAUGAGCAGAUAGCACAAAUACACGGCACUUUGUUUGAGAUGAAAUGCAGCAAGUACGAUCCAGGCUGUACUGCCCACUGCGAUUACAGUGUGCCAAUCUCUUAUCCCGCCAACGAGGCGCUCACAAUCACGACCGAUAUCAGCGAUGCGUCCGUCCCUCUACCUCCUUUAGACCAUACCCAACUACCUCAUUGCCCAAGAUGCAACAACCUCAUGAGACCGAGUGUGGUACUCUUCGGCGAGAGCCUGUCAAGCACCCUCAAUGGAAUCGUAUACUCCUUCGUGUCUUCUGAACCUCUCGACCUAUUGCUUGUGAUUGGAACGAGUGCCGUUGUCCUUCCAGCUGCAAUGUAUAUACCCCGGGCUCGGAGCGCUGGUGCGCGAGUUGCUUAUUUCAACAUGGAAGAGUACUACGACGAGCCAGGAUGUGUUUGGACAGGUGACUGGAUGUUCAAGGGCGAUGCGGCGAAGACGGUCCCUGAGUGUCUGAAGGGUAUUAUCGGGAACGUCGGACGCGUGUGA